CUACAACAUCUUUCCCGCCCUUCCGCCCGGCUCCAAACAUGGCGCAGCCCUCCUACUCUAGGGACGAGCUCGUAUCGGAGCUCACGUCCUACUACGAAUUCUUGACUCAGAUCUAUCUGCCCCCAGAAGUCAUCCAACACCCCCCGGAGGGCGGCUGGGAGCACAUCACACCCGACUUCGUCAAGUCCUUCUGUCUAGGCAAGAACAACACCGUAGCAGACCUGAUGAAGCAUAUCCCUUACAUCCGCCGCACAAAGGAGGACGACUGGGACCCGUGGCAGAUUUACGGGAACGCUACUCCUGUAGACUUCACUAGUGAGAUUGUCCUAAACUUACCUAGCAAGUAUGCAAAUGAGUCUCUUUUUGAGCCUUAUGAGGGCAGUAUCUCUGAUAUACCGCCCCAUGUGUUUUUUUAUGCAACGAUUCCAUCCGGUCAUAAUGGUCGUUACAUUUUUAUUGAUACAGAGCGCGGCACAAUUGUCGUCGCAGACCCACAGACUGGUCCGAAGCCCACUCGAUUAUCCAACCCAGAAGCACCAGAUGAAGAAGCUUGGCGUAGGCUCCAGACUUAUACCUUUCGCGAGUUCUUCUCAAUAGCAAAAGAAAUGUUUAGAAAAUUCGAAAUGAUUGCUGUGGAUAGAAAACACGUACACUGCACCAGUCCGGAUGUACCUGAAGCGCAGAUAUACCGGGAAGAGGGCGUCUUCACGGAGCGGUACGAUAGAGAGAGGUGCAUGGACAGGCUGGACGAGUAUCAGGAGCAAGAGAACCGGGCAGACCGGGAGGCUCAAGGACACGAGUAGUUGCCGGUGCCUCCGCCAACAGAUAUACCUACGCUACAGGCUUCGCUGCGGGAGGUGCAUUAUUUCGACAUCGGGCUGCUGAUAUCAGCGUGCACUCAUGAGGCCAGCUUGUCAAUCUACAUAACCUGCCCCACACUUAUGUCCCUAUCUAAUCCGUUAGCAACUGCGCAG